AUGGCUGAAGAAUCUUUCGUGAUUUUCGGUGGACCGUGUCCAAUUGACUACACAGUGAACAAUGAAAGUUUGGCAGAAUAUGCAUUUAAGAGCCUUAAAGCGAAUGGAAACGAAGUUGCAAUUAUCGAUGGAGCGUCCGGAGAAAUUAUCACAUACAGCGCUCUUUUAGACAGGGCGUUGACUCUGCUGAAAUACCUCCAGAAGAAGGGCAUCGGCUCAGGCGAUAUCAUUGGAAUAUGUUGUGAAAAUCGAUUGGAAUUUCCAGUUGUGGCGCUCGCCACGAUCUUCGCCGGAGCCACACUCUCGACCCUCAAUCCCAGAUACGUUAAUCGAGAGAUCAAGCAUGUCUUGGAUCUCACAACACCGAAACUGGUCUUUGUCACUUCAUCGGCCUUGGGCAGCAUCAUGGAAGUGAGCAAAGGAAUGAAGUGCAUCAAGGAAAUCAUUCAAAUAGGGAACGAAUCGGAUGCCAGAGUAUCUGGAAUUGCAAGAUUUGAUGAGAUUUUACGUGAUCCGAAGUAUAGAAUGAGCCAAGAAGAGUUCCAAUUGCCUUCCACGAGCAGUUUGGAUGCUCAGGAUGCAUUUAUCUUGAUGUCCUCAGGCACAACGGGAAUACCAAAGGGAGUUGUUCUUUCGGACAGAAAUGUUUUGGAAGCUCUCGCUAAUCUGGAAGAGACGAAAAGAUCAAUGUUCACCAUGUCAAAUGUGUGUACGAUGUCAAUUUUACCGUGGUUUCAUACUUUUGGCCUUGUCACCCUCGUCUUCUUUAUUACCAAACGUGUAAAAAUAGUUUCUCUCUCCAGAUUUGAUGAGAAAACUUUUUUGUCUUCAAUUCAGCAAUACAAGAUUUCACACUUCUUUCUUGUGCCUCCUUUGAUGAUAUUCCUGGCUAAAAAUCCUAAUGUUCAAAACUACGAUUUGAGCAGUGUAAAGGAAUUAUUUUGUGGAGCUGCUCCAUUAGGAAAAGAUAUUGAGGAUGAGAUAAAACAGCGAAUUCCUAGCUUAACUGAAAUUCAACAAGCUUAUGGAAUGACGGAAGCUACAUUGGCAUUAACCGGAGCUAGAAACGAAAGUCCUAUUGAAGGUAGUGUGGGUAAAAUAAUAGCGAAGACUUGGUGCAAAGUCGUGGAUCCAGAAACUGGAAAAGCUCUUGGACCCAACAAACCCGGAGAGAUUUGUGUCAAAGGACCUUCAGUAAUGAAGGGAUAUUACAAAAACCCAAAGGCCACUCAGGAGACUAUCAGGAAUGGCUGGCUGCACACCGGAGAUAUUGGAUACUACGACGAGAAGAAGAACUUCUACAUCGUCGAUCGACUGAAGGAAUUGAUCAAGUACAACAGCUUCCAAGUGGCUCCUGCUGAACUGGAAGCCUUGAUCCUGACUCAUUCAGCGGUCAAGGAUACAGCUGUUAUUGGCAUUCCCCACCCGGUAGCCGGAGAACUCCCUGCAGCUUUCGUGGUGAAGAAGGAAAACUACGAAGCGACAGCUGAAGAUAUUGCCAAAUUCGUCUCUGAUCGAGUAUCAAAUCCCAAGAGAUUGCGAGGGGGCGUUCAUUUCGUCGAUGAAAUACCCAAAAAUCCUAGCGGAAAGAUUUUACGGCGAGUCUUGAGAGAUAGAAUCGCUUCUGUCAAAUCCAAAUUGUAAUCUUUGCUAUGAAUUAACCUCUUAAAGCAGUCCUUUUUUCAAAAUCUUAUGAUUUUGAUUUCCUUAUUAAUUGGAAAAAUUAUACUUAUUUUAUCUCCAUACUCUAAAAACACAUUUACCUAACUAGUAGCAAACAAAUCGCAGACACCGUUAAAGACAUACAUACUAAGCAUAAAUUUACAGUGCAAGCUGUAAAGAUAUUAAAAUUCCUCAGUUUUAUUAAAAUGCUAGUACUUUUUUCUAAGUUCAAUAACUUUCAGGUUCCUAAAUUGUGAAAUGAACAAAUAUUAAGUUUUUAGAUGGGCUCUAAACGUUUUUCCAACAAAGGAUCAUACUUUGUUUUUCUAAUUUGCAUGUAAUAUAGAUAAGAAAAAUUGUUAUAGAACUUUUUAUGGUCUUCAACAUUAUUAUAUAUAACGCAAUGCUGUUUGCUCAGAAUCUUAGUAUCUGAAAAGUUUUCUCUAACUUAAGAAU